ACAUGAGAAACGCCUAACAUAAUUGAAUUUCGUCGAUCCAAAAAUAAAAGAACUAGGUCCAUCGCUGAAUUUUUGAGGCCCAAUACUAAGUCAUAAUACACGUUAUAACAACGCUCAUCCACUCCUUGAAAUUCAUCAUAAUUUUCCUCAAUAAACUGGGUGAAAAGAAGCAAAAAAUGGAGGAAGUUGAUUCAAUGAAUGAUGCAGAAAUAAUGUUACAAGCCCAAGCAGAAGUGUAUAAUUAUAUGUUUGCGUUUGCAGACUCGAUGGCCAUAAAAUGUGCAGUGGAACUUCGUAUUGCUGAUAUUAUUCAUUCUUCUGGUCACCAAAUUCUUUUGUCAGAAAUAGCAAAUAAUAUUGAAUCUUCAUCAUCUCCAGAUAUCAAUUAUCUUUCGCGUAUAAUGAGACUUUUAGUCCGCCGAAAAAUCUUCACUGCAGCUACCUCUAAGGGAGGAGACACCCUCUAUGGACUUACUCCAAUGUCAAGAUGGCUAUUACAUGACACAGAGCAAAGUUUAGCACCAAUGUUCCUUUUCCAAAACAAUCCAAUUCUCAUUGCUCCAUGGCAUUAUUUUAGCAAUUGUGUAAAAGAAGGUGGAAUUGCAUUCAAGAAAGCACAUGGUUGUGAAAUAUUUGAGAUGGCUUCUAAAGAUGAUGAGUUAAACAAGAUUUUCAACAAUGGGAUGAAAUCAGUGACAAGAUGCAUUAUGAAGACAAUAGUUAAAAGGUACAAAGAUGGAUUUAAUUCAAUUACAUCACUUGUUGAUGUAGGUGGAGGGAUAGGGGCUGCUAUGACUGAAAUUGUCAAGGCAUAUCCUCAUAUUAAAGGGAUUAAUUUUGAUUUGCCUCAUGUUGUCUCAACUGCUCAAAAAUAUGAUGGUGUUGAACAUGUUGGGGGUGACAUGUUUGAGGCUAUCCCACCUGCUGAUGCUGUCUUUAUGAAGUGGGUGAUGCAUGAUUGGGGAGACGAAGAUUGUGUGAAGAUCUUGAAGAAUUGUAGAAAGGUGAUACCGGAGAAAACCGGAAAAGUGAUCAUAGUUGAUGCAGUUUUGAAGUCGGAGAGUGAAGAUUUAUUUGACAAUAUAAAAUUCAUACUGGAUAUGGUAAUGAUAGCACACAGCAGUGGCGGAAAAGAAAGGAGUGAGGAUGAGUGGAACAAAUUGUUGAAGGAAGCUGGAUUUCCACGUUACAAUAUCAUUGAUAUUCCUUCUUGGCCAUCUAUUAUUGAGGCCUAUCCACAGUGAUGGUUUUUUUUUGGCAUAAUAAUCAACUAGGUGUGAUGUUUGAAUGAGUUCGUGUGAACCUUGAUUAAUUUUUUAAAAGUUACUUCACAAUGGUGAUCUACGAUAUAUAAUAUUGUUUAAUUUAUUGUCAUGUAAUCAGGGAUUGCGAUUUUAUAUUACUAUCAUUUGAUGUGA